AUGGCAAAAAGCGCACUGCUACUGCCCUUAUUUGCUUGGCAGUGGUAUCACUGGUCGGCGCUAUUGGUGGCAUGUGAGUUAACGCCAAAUGUUGAUCUCUUCAGAAUGCAAAACAGCACUAGUUUACUAUCAGAACAAAUCAGCUUGGGCGUUUUAACAGCAAUUUAUAAUUUGACAACAGGCUUCGGAAUAGUUGCAGCAGCUACCACAUUCCUGUCAAAGAAGGACGCAGAACAUUCCUUUAAUUUUCUUGCUGCAGCUGCAGGUGUCGUUGCGAUCAUACAGCUUAUUGCGUUUGGCAUAAUGCUCAUCAUCUACCGCAACUUCUUAAGUAUUGCUCCCGACUAUACAAGAGAUUUCCGAAGGCGAGAAGUGAUAAUUCCUGAAAGUAUGAAUUCCGAAGCACGCGCCAAAACUCAGCACGAAAUUGCAGCAGAAAGAGACGCAGUUACUCGAAAAUAUCACUGGUGGGGAGCAGUUUCUAAUGAAAAAUCAUCAAUCAAAAUACUUAAGGAACUCGGCUCAAAUGUUUACACAUUUGCAAAAAGACGCUUAUGA